AUGGCCAGCUCCUCCUCGUCAGAUACACCCCAAGUCAAGGAGACAUGCGAGAUCUCCCCCCGGGAUCAAUUCAAGGUCGGCUUCAUCGGAUUGGUCAGUCGCAGCCAAGUGCCCGAGUGGGCCAAGUGGGGAAACCGUCUCAUUGGUCUGAUCGUGGGCUCACCCACCCGACUUAUGCCUAUGCUCGCAGGGCAACAUGGGUUCGCACAUGGCCCACAACUUGGCACGCUGGCUCUCGACCAACGACUACCCCGCUCUGUCCCUGUGGAAUCGCACCAGCUCCAAGCUGCCCCCGGUGUCCAACUCGAUCGCCCACGCCGAGUCCCCCAUGGCCAUGGCCGAGGCCUGCGACAUCGUCAUCACAUCCCUCAAGAGUGACAGUGUCGCCCAGGAGGUCUACGCCCAACUAUUGGAAGGCGCCAAGAAGAAGGACAAGAGCAAGGGUACGAUCUUUGUCGAAACCUCGACCUUGUACCCGACCACCGCCGGAGAACUCGAACGAGCCGCGUCGGCGAUCCCGCACUCCUACUACCUCCAAUGCCCCGUCUUCGGCCCACCCCCGAUGGCUAAGGAAGCCAAACUCGUCAUCGUCCUCUCGGGACCGAACUGGGCCAAAAAGAUCGCCGAACCGAUCCUCGUCCCCGCCGUCGGGCGCAAAACCGUCGACGUCGGCAGCAACGUCGAGCGCGCCGCCGCGUUCAAGUUGACCGGCAACAUGCUCAUCCUCGGGUCGAUCGAAUUGUUGUCCGAGGCCAUGACCCUCGCCGACAAGACGGGUGUCGGAAGCGAUCUCUUGCUUUCUUUCGUCAAGGACUUUAUCCCCGCACCGAGUUGGAUCGGGUACGGCAGCAAGAUCGCGACCAAUUCGUUCGAAGGCGAUUCGGGUUUCACCGUCGAAGGAGGACUCAAGGAUGCCAAUGUGAGGACAAGGACGUGCAUCAGAUGCCUUGCCACCAUCGACGGCUAAUCAUUAUUUACAUUCUUCCCCACAGCAUCUGAGGCAUCUUGCCGCCUCCGUCGACGCGACGAUCCCCGUCAUCGACGUCGCCCACCGUCACCUCAUCACCUCGCGAGCCCACGGCGGUUCCCAACUCGAUUGGUCCUCGCUCGUUUCGGGUCCUCGUCUCGCAGCGGGCUUGUUGCCUUUUACGGGUCAAAAAUCGUUCCCCAAGGAUGAUGGGUUCGGGUCCAAGGUGGAGGUGGGGGGGAAGUACUCGGAUGCGGAUACCGAAGUCGAGACACCGGUCAAGAGUGGCGGGAUCAAGACCGUGCAGAACUUUUGA